AAGACUUCCCACUCACACCUGCCUCCCUAUUUUCUCUCUCCCCACCUCUUCCCCCUCACCUUUCCUCAUGUGUACUCUUUAUCUAUAUAUAUAGAUUAUAGAUACACAACAUAAUUCCUCAAAAUUAUCAAACCCCAUCUCUCUGUUUCUCUCUCUGGAAGUAGUAUAUAUAUAUGGCUUCUUAUAAUCCCAAAACUGAGAGUAACUGUGUCUCCAAGAAAGUAUUAAUGGCGGCUAUAGGUGAUGAAGCUUGGUGGUACUGUGCUAUUGUGCUAAUAGCCCUCAUCUUGUUGGGCUCUUCUUCUUCUGCUUUCAGAGAUGAGGAAAAUGAAAGCAGUAUUGUGAGAGGAAACCAGCUCAAUUACCGGCCCUGCGACGAGAUAUAUGUCGUCGGAGAAGGCGAAACCCUCCAUACAAUCAGUGACAAGUGUGGUGACCCCUUUAUUGUGGAGCAGAACCCUCAUAUUCAAGACCCCGAUGAUGUUUUCCCUGGACUUGUCAUCAAGAUCACUCCUUCCUGGCCUAGGAAGUUGUAAAUUCAAGGUAGUUAAAAUAUGUUUUUUUUUUUUUUUUUUUUUUCAGAAUCCUGGAUUUUACUGUUUGUUUAAGGAGAUGCUUGACCAUUUGUGUUGCAUUGUGUGGGCUAAACACAUAUGUGACUCCAUCGUUCUUAAGUAGUUAGUUGGUAGAGUGGUCAACUCUCUUCCGAACGUGUGACAGUGUGACAUGUUCGUCCAAAAAAAAUAUAUAUAAACAUUCUUGUACUAAGCUAAAGUUUUUUUUUUUUUUUUUUUUGGUACCACACUAAAAGGUUAUGUGUGUGGUGUUCAUACUUUUUCCUUUUUCUUGUACGUGUAAGAGGAGAUCGAGCAAAUGAACAUGAUGGUGCUUGUAAUAAUUAAUUUCAUGAAUGAAAUUCCAUAGGAAGUUGGAAGUUUUUUUUAAUUAUU